AUGCCGAAGCCGCCGCUGCUGCUGCGGGGGAGCCGCCCCGGGGACAGCGAGCUGGGGCGGCAGUUCCGGGACUGGUGCCUGCGCACCUACGGGGACUCGGCCAAAACCAAGACGGUGACCCGGAGCAAGUACCAGCGCAUCGCCGAGGUGCUGCAGGGGGGAUCCGGCUCCGGCGGCGGCUCCGGCGGGGGGGAGAAAGGCAAGUUCCAGUUCUGGGUCCGGUCCAAGGGCUUCCGCCUGGGAAACGGCACCAGGGAGGCGACGAAGAUGGGUCAAGUGGUGGUAUAUGUGCCGGUGAAAACGGGAACGGGGGCAGAUGGACUGUCGGAGCCCGAGGGCAUCUCUCUGAAACGUGUGGCUGUGGUGGAAGAUUUCUUUGACAUCAUAUACUCCAUGCAUGUGGAGAGCUCGUCGGAGCCGGGCAAAGCACCCAAACAUGCCGGGCAGAAGAAAACCUACCGAGCGAUUGCAGAGACCUAUGCUUUUCUCCCGAGAGAAGCUGUGACCAGGUUCCUGAUGAGUUGCACCGAGUGCCAGAAGAGGAUGCAUUUCAACUCCAACGGUCUGGAGCCCAAAGAGAGCGAACCACCUUCCUCUUUGGUUUCUGGGAUCAUUGACUACAACAUGCCCCUCACCUCUACUUACCUGAAGCAGAUGAAGCUGCGGGUAAUGAACUCACAGGAGCAGGAUGAGACAUCGGUGAGCAGCGAGGACUUUGAUAUGAACGACUCCACAUGGAUCUCAGCUGACCAGCACCUGAACUCCAGCCUGAGCCCCAGCCAGGACGAGAGCAUGCGCAGCCCGCAGAACCUGCACGGCCAGGAGGACGAUGACUCCUCGUCAGAGAGCUGCAGCGGGAAUGGCUCCUCCACCCUGAACCCCUCCACCUCCAGCAGCACGCAGGGCGACAGCGCCUUCCCCGAAAUGAACGGGAAUGGCACCGCGGCCCCCAUGGACUUCACCGCCUCCGCCGACGACCAGCCCAUCAACCUCUGCGACAAGCUCACGCCUGCCCACGUCACCCCUUCCUACCAGUCGGACAGCUGCAGUGCCGACGGGCUGCGCAGCAGGGUCAAGUACGCGGUGAAGACCACGGCAGAGUCCCCUCCGUACAGCUCCGGCAGCUACGACUCCAUCAAGACAGAAGUCAGCGGCUGCCCUGAGGACCUGACUGUCGGCAGGGCCCCCACGGCCGACGAAGAUGAUGAUGACCACGAUGACCAUGAAGACAACGAUAAGAUAAAUGACUCAGAGGGGAUGGACCCGGAGAGGCUAAAGGCAUUCAAUAUGUUUGUGCGCCUUUUCGUGGACGAGAACCUGGACCGGAUGGUUCCCAUCUCCAAGCAGCCCAAGGAGAAGAUCCAGGCCAUCAUCGAGUCCUGCAGCCGGCAGUUCCCCGAGUUCCAGGAGCGGGCGCGCAAGCGCAUCCGCACCUACCUCAAGUCCUGCCGCCGCAUGAAGAAGAACGGGAUGGAGAUGACCAGGCCCACGCCGCCGCACCUGACCUCGGCCAUGGCGGAGAACAUCCUGGCCGCUGCCUGUGAAAGCGAAACGCGGAAAGCAGCCAAGAGGAUGCGGCUGGAGAUAUACCAGACCUCCCAGGACGAACCGAUCGCUCUAGACAAGCAGCACUCCAGAGACUCCACAGCCAUCACCCACUCCUCCUAUUCACUGCCAGCUUCAUCUUACUCCCAAGACCCAGUCUACAUCAAUGGAAGCCUGAACUACAGCUACCGUGGCUACGGGUCCCUGGGGGGCAGCCUGCAGCCGCCUGCCUCCCUCCAGACGGGCAACCACAGUAACGGUCCGACCGAUCUCAGCAUGAAAGGUGGGGCCUCCAGCACGGCCCCCUCCAACAGCACCAGCAGGGGAAUGCAGGCUGCCCAGCUCAGCCCCACGGAGAUCAGCGCAGUGCGGCAGCUGAUCGCCGGCUACCGAGAGUCGGCGGCGUUUCUGCUCCGAUCUGCAGACGAACUGGAAAACCUCAUUUUACAGCAGAACUGACUCCCUGUGUCUGCAUCGCUCCUCUGUCGAGAAGACAAUUUAUACCUGCUAGAAAGAGGCUCCCAGCGGUGUCCUGCUCAGGACCACCAUCAUCCUCCCGUGAAGCGGCGGGUACAUGUAGUUUUAGAAGGUGGAAUCCAAAAGACCUGUUUUCUUUUACACUCCAAGCACCUGGGACUUCAGGCACAAGGACACGUUUUUGAACCGUACCAACACCCGUGCGUCCAGCCGACCAGAAGCCAGACCUGCGGCUUGGAAGGAUGUGGGACUUUCAAGGGCAGAAGGGAGCCUG